UGCGUGGGAAGGAAAUUGGGAAGGAUAGGAUGUUUGUUUGAAAUAACGUAUCCAAGUAUCAAUUGAUGGAUCAGAUUGUGAUAAUUUUCAUUCCAUACAUUGAAUAUGUUUGACGUACCUUUUCUGAACCUGUGUUGGGAACGGUGAAAGUGUUGUCUCUCAUUAUCAGGUUUUUUUCAUAUUUAUUAAAGAAUAUUGAAACUCCGAGUGAAAGCUGUCCGUACGUUUUCCCAGCCCAUAGAUUGUAUUGGUCUGAGCUACGAGAAAAUAUUUGUUGAAGCCAUUUGUUACCUAAGUAUCUAUUACCACGGCUAACUCAACGAAGAAGUCAUCGCGUAAGAUGGCGAUAGUGGAGCAGGAAGCCCUGAAGAGUAUGGUUCUAAGCUUUAGAGUAUCAGAGCUUCAGAUGCUUUUAGGCUUUGCGGGCAGAAAUAAAUCUGGGAGGAAGACUGAGUUACAAGCAAGAGCUGUGGAACUGCUAAAGCUCCGUUCAACACCUGUAACAAUGAAGAUUAAGGAGCUCUAUAAGUCUAUCCAACAGAGUCAUGCUAGUGCUGCAGCUUUAGCUUUACAACAACCAUCACCAGCACCAGGGAAAGACCUUCCAAGUGUCCAUAGUACUAACAUGCAGCAGCAACCACAACAGCAGCAACAGCAGCCUCAGCAGCAGCAACAACGCAGUAAUGUAUAUCAGCCAUCAGGUUACAUCGUCCAAGCACCAGACAGGCCACUACCACCGCCAAGAAACAGCAUGUAUGCCAGUAUGUACCACCAUAACAUGUACCCGCCAAAGGCAUCACCACCAGCAGCAGCUCCUGCAGCCAGUAAUUUUCCAGUUCAUCCAGAUGUGAGAUUAAAAAAGCUCCCAUUCUUUGAUUUGCUUGGUGAACUGCUGAAACCAUCUAGUUUAGUUCCUCAAGGUUCACAAAGGUUACAGGAAAAUAAUUACGUUUUCCAUCUCACACCACAACAAGCUACUGAUGUUGCAACUUACAGAGAUGUUCGCCCCAACACAAAAGUCGACUAUGUUAUUCAGGUUCAGAUGAGGUUCUGUUUGUUAGAAACCUCUUGUGAACAGGAUGACUUCUUCCCUCCAGGACUUUCUGUGAAGGUGAAUGGGCGAAUGUGUCCCUUGCCUAACCCAAUACCAACAAAUAAGCCUGGUGUUGAACCAAAGAGACCGCCAAAGCCUGUGAAUAUUACUCCUAUGGUGAAACUAAGCCCCACAGUUCCAAAUACGAUAAACGUCACUUGGAAUUCAGAUUUUGGACGGGGUUAUGUGAUAGCUGUGUACUUAGUACGGAAACUUUCAUCAUCGGAACUGCUUCAGAGGCUAAAAGCCAGAGGGAUAAGGCAUUCUGAUUUUACCAGAGGGCUCAUUAAAGAAAAACUGAGUGAGGAUGCAGAUUGUGAAAUAGCAACUACAUCACUGAGAGUUUCUUUAGUUUGCCCAUUGGGGAAAAUGCGAAUGACGACCCCUUGUAGAGCAUCAACGUGUUUCCACUUACAAUGUUUUGAUGCUUCUCUGUAUCUUCAGAUGAAUGAAAGAAAACCUACAUGGAUGUGCCCAGUUUGUGACAAACCAGCUCUCUAUGAUACACUUGUAAUUGAUGGGUACUUCCAGCAAGUUCUGGCUUCUCCAAAAUUGCCUAUUGACAGCAAUGAGAUUCAGCUACAUCAGGAUGGUUCUUGGUCUUCACUAAUUGUUAAAAAUGAACAGACCAGGGUGCUUUCUCCUAUUCCUGAUGUGACAUCAAGGAGUGAAAGUGAGGAUUUAGUGGUGGUAUCAGACAAGGAUCCAGAUGAGCCAGCUAAAAGUGAGAAAGCAGACAAGCCAGAAAAAGCAGAAGUUAUAGACUUGACACUGAGUGAUUCUGAUGAUGACACAAGUAGUGCAACAAAAGACAAAAGCUCUAAAGAUUCAUCUCAACAGUUAAUGAAGACAUCAGAUUCAUCUUGUGUUAGUAGUACUGUGAACAGCAGCUCAGCACCAGUUGGCAGCUUCAACGCAGUAAGCAGCUCUGGUUACAUGAGCCCAAGUGUUAUCACUUUGGACAGUCCAUCCCCACCAGACACACGGACAUCUACUCCAGAUCCCCGUUUAAGUGGGGGACAACCCACAAGUACAGCUGCCAAUCCUGUUACUCCAUUGAGGAUGGCUCCACCAUCUUUUCCAAGCUCUUUGUUCAUUGCAGGAAUGCCAACAAUGUUGGAAUUAGAUUCAGAAUCAAGUAGCCCACAACCUGGUGUACCAACAACCAUGUUCUCUGCUCCAUAUUAAAAAGAAAUGAAUUAAGUGUAUAUUUUGUCUUUAUGUGUGUACGUGUGUUUGUGUAUAUACACCUUUGAGAACAGGAGUGAGGUACUCUUUAUUUUGUACAAGUGGUUCAUUGUGCUGGGAGUGAACUACAGAAAAGCAUCUCUUUAAAGUAUUACUUGUAAUGUUUACAUGUCAUUGUGAUCUAGGCAAUCCAUUAUUUUUUUUCUUUUCCUUUAUUCUCUUUAAUUUCUAAUUAGUCUUUGUUAUUUUGAAUUCAGACAUUGUGCUUACUGCAGUGUAAAUAUUAUUUAUUAGUAGAUGGUGUAAUUUAAAAUUUGUAAAAAGAAAAGUAAUUAAUGUAAUUAAAGUUGCACUUGCAGUUUUACAAUUUGGUCUGUGCAUUAUAGAAACGUUUUUCAUGAGAGACUGCCAGAAAAAUCUUUUAUAAAGAACUCGUGUGUGAGUUCAAAUCCAUAGUGUUAAAUUUCUUAUUUUUACUUCAGAACUUGGGGUUAAUGUUUUUGUACCUACUAUAUUUUGAAACAUCUUUAAAUUAAGCAAUGUGUUAUUAAAUCUAUUUUUUCCCCUCCUGUGUAUUACAAGUGGAGUAGGAACAAAUUUGGGACUGUGAUAUAUAUAGAGUUACAUACACUGUACAUUAAUUCCUAAUAAAGAAGUUUGAAGCAGGUGUGCUUCCCUACAAAUAACCUUUCAUUCUAUGGCACAGAGGCUAUUAAUAUGUGGUGUUCAGACCAUGUAAAUAUAAUUUGGUGUAUACCUUCUUUUAACGUUGAUACUGAUGGCAAGUUCCUUGGAGGAUGUUGAGACAUUUUCUGUUGUAAAAAUCAUUCUGAAGGUAGGAUGGUUAUUUCAUGUAAACCAAGUUUCACCAAUUAAACACCCAGAAGUAUUUAAAGCACCAGUCAGUUAUUAUUUUGUUCUCAGUCUUCAGAUGAAAUGAGAUACCUUUGUGAUAAAGUCUAAAUGAGUUGUGAUGUAUAAGGUUGAAAUGUGUAAAGUUGUAAGACUGUUUAAUGAAUGCAAAAUGUUGCUGGAAAACCAGUGUGUUUGUGUACUUGCACACUUGUACAGUUUCUCUUGUAUGUGAUGUCCUUUUCAGUGUGACUAUUAUUUCCACUUGUAAUCUCUCUUCUUUGAUAUUGGAUAUAUAAUAAUUGAUGUUGACCAAAAUGUGAAUUAAAUUAUGACUGCACAUGUGAAA